AUGAGACUAGAGGAAGGGAUCGCCUUAGUUAAGACCAAGCUCCAGAACUUCCGCAUGGAAGAUGGUACGCUGGUGUACCAUACACUUUCAUACCUAAAGGAGGUCGGACAAGGCCCUUUUUGGAAACAAUACCUAUUGAAUCCAACUGUUUCUUAUGAUGACGCCAUAUAUGUCAUUGUGGCGUUCAUUGGGUUGAUGUUCAUUAGAGUGGUUAUCGGCGGAUGCAGCAGCGGCCCAUUGAAGAAGCUGCCUUGCAUCUCAAAGAAUCUUGCGAAGUCCAAUAAUUGGACUCGGCCUGGAAAGCUACACAAAUUCGGGGAAAACGUGUGGUAUACAUUGUGGCACGGAACUGCGUGCCUCUGGGGCCUGUACGUCCUGUAUUGGGAAGCCGGUACACCAGAAGUUCCAGGGUGGCCGCGAUUGCAUAUGGGGCAGCCGGAUGGCCGUUGGUACUGGAUGGCUUCGCCAGAGGAGCUUUCUAGAGGAUCUGGCGGCUGGCCUCUGCUCGUUCCCUCGGUGCCGGCUCGAAACUACUACCUCUGCCAGCUGGCCUUCUGGAUAACUUGUCUUGUCUUUAUGAAUUUGGAAACAAGAAGGAGGGACUUUGGACUCUUCCUUCUUCAUCAUGUGCUCACGAUUACGCUUGUCGGUCUUUCCUACUGUUGCUCCUACUGGAAACUCGGCACGGUAUUGCACAUUUACUGGUUCUACUGCAUCAUUCGCAUGAUCAUUGGACUCGUUCGCGCCAUUCGUAAAGGUUCCAGGGAAGACUGUGAAGACAUUAGGAGCGAAGAUGGAAGCGAUGACGAGACGAAUGAAGACGCAAAGAAAAUACAGCUUCCAGGCAAGGGCUCUGCGAGUGCCCCCUACUGUGCCCGUCGAUCAGUGGCCAAAGGAUACAGCACUGGAGCACUGAAAAUGCCACCCUCCAUCGGGAACGGCGGGACUAGAAAAAAAAUUUGCCUCUUGGGUCGUGAUUAG